UUCUCGCCACCGGGACUAUCAUCCCACUCUUCUCACACUCCGGCUUUCUCAACCUUUCAAUAACAACUAGCCAACAUGUCCGGACGCGGAAAGGGCGGAAAGGGCCUUGGAAAGGGUGGUGCCAAGCGUCACCGCAAGAUUCUCCGCGACAACAUUCAGGGGAUCACUAAGCCGGCUAUCCGCCGUCUCGCUCGUCGCGGUGGUGUCAAGCGUAUCUCGGGCUUGAUCUACGAGGAGACCCGUGGAGUGCUUAAGAUCUUCCUCGAGAACGUCAUUCGUGACUCGGUCACGUAUACCGAGCACGCGAAGAGAAAGACCGUCACUGCUCUCGACGUCGUGUACGCUCUCAAGCGCUCCGGCCGCACCCUUUACGGUUUCGGCGCGUAAUCAAACCACUAUUGGACAAUAUGUGCUCUCAAUCUUCUCGGUCCUGUGUCGUUUCGCUAUGUCGUCAUGUAACAGUCUGGCGGUGACAAUAAUCUGUAUUACGAGCCA